AUGGAGCCAUGUCUCUUUGAGUUCUGGCAAGGAUAUCUUGUGUCUGAUAAGGUCAGCCAUGGUAGGUGGAUCAUUUUUGAUUUCUUUAGGAGCCCGACCGAAGAGAAAAUUGUUGACAAUGUUGGUAUUGGUACAAAUAUUGUUGGCCGAAGGUGUGGUAUCAGUAGCACCAUUGUUGGAAAUGGGAAACGUGACGUUUUCAGUCUUCAGAAGCUUAAUUCGUUUAACAAUGGAAGAGGAAAGGUUGGAAAGGGAGGAAGGAAAGGUGGAGACAGAAAGAAGGCAGUAACAAAAUCAGUCAAGGCUGGAUUACAAUUCCCAGUUGGUAGAAUCACUCGUUUCUUAAAGAAAGGUCGUUAUGCUCAACGUGUUGGUUCCGGUGCUCCGGUCUAUCUCGCCGCUGUUCUUGAAUACCUAGCUGCCGAGGUUUUGGAAUUGGCCGGAAAUGCUGCCAGGGAUAACAAGAAAUCAAGGAUUGUACCAAGGCACUUACUAUUAGCAGUAAGGAACGAUGAAGAAUUGGGAAAGUUACUCGCCGGAGUUACUAUUGCUAGUGGUGGAGUUCUUCCAAAUAUCAACUCUGUUCUGUUGCCAAAGAAGGGUCUUGACAAGGAGACUACUACACCUAAAUCUCCUGCUGGAAAAUCUCCAAGGAAAGCUGCUGCCUAAUUAUGAUCUAGUUUGCUCGUUUUUAACUUGUCUUACAGUCUACUAUGUAAUGAAAUCUGGGGUUUGAAUGAUCUGGUUUUUGGGAGGUUAGUUUUUAUGAUUUGAAAUCACUUUUGGGUUUCAAUGUUCAUAGCGUUUACUAGAAUGUAGCUAUCUAAUCAAUGGAAUCGCUCUUUUUAUCUCUA